CAUCAUGAGUGUGGGCAUCACAGGCGCGCGCAGCAUUUUUCCCCGGGAACGCGCCCGUGAUGCCCACAAGUGCUGCCUACGUAGACAGAUGAUCAGAUCUGCGUGUUUGAGAAGCAGAACUAUAGACACGCAGAGCAGAAACCCGUUCAGUGUUGACCUGAAGAGUGAGGAGUUCAUAUCGCCUCUGGAAUACUGUUGGCCGGUUCAUAUGAUGCGCGCGCAGCUCGAGCGCGAACGUCAUUCUAACGGACCCGUUACUUACUAGACGACAGCUGAUGACGGGAACGAUGAUCGGGCACGAGCGAAGUUUACCGGGUUUACCGGCCAGCGCGUCCCGUAGGAGACUCUCACGGGUCGGGAGGAAACACAGCAAUGGAUCCGUCCAGUCGAGCUCAUCCAGCGGUACGGGCAGAUCCACGGAGAGCGUCGGGAUCCGACAACCGGCCAAGAACAAGAUCCGGCGUCAGCGUCUGUCGGCUGUGUUCGGCCGCGGCCCUCGUAGAGACUCGGCUGAGGUGGCAGACGAUCCCUCAGAACUGUCCAAUCAGGUCUCGGCUCCCGGCAUCCUGAAGAUCUUCGGGACUGAAAUUUGCGAAGGAGCGAAUUACAAGAGCGUUCUGGCCACGACACACUCCAGUGCCAAAGAGCUGGUCAAAGAGGCUCUGGCCAGAUACUCCCUGAGCAAAGAAGAAUCUGAUGAGUAUGUGUUGUGUGACGUGAUCGGCUGUGUGGAGAGCCAGCGCUGGAGGACUGAAUGUGUUCGUGUGGUUGGAGACGAUGAGAAGCCGCUCUUGCUGCAGUCGCUCUGGAAGCCCAGAGAAGGUUUCGCUCGCCGAUUUGAGAUCCAGCGCAAGGCCACAGUGGAAGAAAACAACUCUAAAGACAAAGACACGGUGACCGCUGGCAUAAACGCACAGGCGCGGAAGCUGCAGAAGACUCGCUCCCGUGGGAGAUCGGUCCGGCUGGAUGAUGGAAAACACAAUAUGUUUAAGAGUCUCAGCGAGACGAACCUGAGAGUCGAGGCUCACACACACCUCACGGAGGAUCCAGAGGCCGAGGUCUACAAACACACACAGUGUCCCGCUGGUGAGCGCGAGGAGACGGAGAGCAGCGAUGACACCGACACACAGUUUUCCAUUCAUCCGCCUCUGGAUUUUCCCUACUUUCUGCUUCUGCAGGGCUUCAGUUACACACAGGAUUUUGUCAUCUAUCCCCUGAUCAACAGCAGCUCAGUGUUCGGACGGCGUGUCGAUCCGACCGAGUGCGAGAGCGACUCAGAACGCCUGGAUCUCUGGGCUCCGGAUCUGCUUCCUCGCCACUGUCUCGUCCGACGCCUCGACGUGAAACCCGAGAUGCUCCUGAAACCCGAGACGCUCCCGAAACCCGAGACGCUCCUGAAACCCCUCGACGUGAAACCCGAGACGCUCCUGAAACCCGAGACGCUCCCGAAACCCGAGACGCUCCCGAAACCCGAGACGCUCCCGAAACCCCUCGACGUGAAACCCGAGACGCUCCUGAAACCCCUCGACGUGAAACCCGAGACGCUCCUGAAACCCGAGACGCUCCCGAAACCCGAGACGCUCCCGAAACCCGAGACGCUCCUGAAACCCCUCGACGUGAAACCCGAGACGCUCCUGAAACCCGGAGACGUGAAACCCGAGACGCUCCUGAAACCCGGAGACGUGAAACCCGAGACGCUCCUGAAACCCCUGACGCUCCUGAAGCCGCUCACCGGAGCCGGAGUGACGAGGAACGGAUCCGCUGUCCGGCACGAGGUGGAGCUGCGCUCGGGAGACGUCAUCGGUCUGGGAGAUCAUUACCUCUUCAUGUAUAAAGACCCGACUUCUGAACGCCCAACUCUCUGUCAAGUGUGUGUGCUGUCAGAGAAACCCAGAAGGCCUCGAGGCUUCAGAGACCCCGAGGGAGCAGAACUGGCCCUGCCGUACGAUGUCGAACAUGAAUCCCGGGUCCUGCAGGAGAUCUUCUCCAUGGUGGAUCAGGAUAAACACACACACAAACUGAGCGCUGCGUUCCUGCUGUGUUUGUGUUUCCAGCAAUCCGUCAAUCACUUCUCAAUGCCGGCCCUCCGAAGACUCCUGUUACACACAGCCAAUCAGCUUCAGACGCUCGUGUGGGAAAAGGCGAAAGAACUUGCAGCGUUGCAGCCUAAAAUACGUGAUUCAGAAGCAGAGGACCGGCUGAUCCGGGGUCUGGAGCCGCUGGUCCUGUGGAUGGCCAACUCCACCGAGAUCCUUCACUUCAUCCACCAGGAUCUUCCUCGUCUUCUGCAUGGGAUCUCUCAGGAGGAGGAGGAGGAGGAGGAAGACUGCAUUGCGGUUCUGGAGCUUCGGCUUUCGUCGGUGCGGCCGGCCAGCGAAGAGGCCAUGACGGUUCUGGAGGAGGUUCUGAUGUUCACCUUCCAGCAGUGUGUCUAUUAUCUCACCAAGAUGCUGUACCCGCUUCUGCCGGGCUUUCUGGACAGCAAUGCGUUCUCCGAGAGCGGGACGCUGCACGUUCCCGAGGACGUCCGGCGAGUCCUGCACAUCUGCACACACACACUGCGUUUACUCAGAGUCUUCCAGGUGCAUCCACAGAUCCUACAGCAACUCUUCGCCUACAUCUUCUUCUUCAUCAACGCUCUGCUGUUCAACCUGCUGAUGGAGAGAGGCUCAGGCGGGACGUUUUUCCACUGGUCCCGUGGGGUCCAGAUCAGGGCUAACCUGGACCUGCUGAUGGACUGGGCUCACAGUGCCGGACUCGGGGAUCUGGCUCACCGCUUUCUUCUCAAGAUCUCCUCAGCUGUCAAUCUACUGGCCACGCCGAAGGAGAACCUCUUACAGAUGUGCUGGACGGCUCUGCGAGUGGAGUUCUGGAGUCUAAACGCGGCUCAGCUUCAUCACAUGAUGAGAGAGUACGAGCCUCGACACUCGUGUGCAGAUACGUGGACUCCUUCCAGUGACGAGACUCUCACGAGCGCCGAUAUCCUGGAGAGUUUCGACAAUCAUCCGCCUCUCGUUCUUCCGGCCGACGGUUUCACACUCGAGCUCAAGCGGCCAAUCAGUGACAGCCAUCUGAUCAAACAACUACAUCACUUCCUGUGCGUCAUCAGGGCAAUCACAGACCCAGGAUCCCCAGAACCGCCUCAGCUGGUGUCCGCGGUGCCGACGGAGGCCAAGCUCAUCAAGCUGGAGGUCCAUCCGAAAGCUCACCUGGAGCUCGGUCAGGCGGAGUGUGUGUUUCCUCAUGCGAUCGCCUCGGGAUCACGGGAAGCUCUUUUAACCACGACGCUGCAGGAUCUGGAUCUUCAGGAUAACGCUGUGACCCGCAGCAGUGUAUCAGCGGAUCCGUCCUGCUUACUGACUCCACCGAACACACCGGACCCGGAGCUCAGCGAGCCGGAGCUUCAGACGCCCGGAUCCAGCGGUGCCGGCGGGCGGGAGGGAGAUGCGAGUGAAGAGUGUGAGAAUGGAGAGGAAGAUGUGUUUGUGCUGGAGCUGCAGAGAUCAGCGUGUGGUCUGGGUCUGAUGCUGGUCGACGGACAGGUGAGUGGAUCCCUGGGAAAU